ACGCGUCGUGUUGCGCAUGCUCUUUCCUUUUCAGCUCGGCGCCGGACGGAGCAGCCGCCGCGAUGUUGAUGCCCAAGAAGAACCGUAUCGCCAUUUACGAGCUCCUUUUCAAGGAGGGGGUGAUGGUGGCCAAAAAGGAUGUCCACAUGCCUAAACACCCGGAGUUGGCAGACAAGAACGUGCCCAACCUUCACGUCAUGAAGGCCAUGCAGUCUCUCAAGUCUCGAGGCUACGUGAAGGAGCAGUUCGCCUGGAGACAUUUCUACUGGUACCUUACCAACGAGGGUAUCCAAUAUCUCCGGGAUUACCUCCACCUGCCUCCAGAGAUCGUGCCCGCUACCCUGCGUCGCAGUCGGCCUGAAACUGGAAGGCCACGGCCCAAAGGUCUGGAGAGCGAGAGGCCUGCAAGAUUCAACCGAGGGGAAGCCGACAGAGAUACCUACCGGCGGAGUGCUGUGCCCCCUGGUGCUGACAAGAAGGCCGAAGCUGGUGCUGGGUCAGCCACAGAAUUCCAGUUUAGAGGCGGAUUUGGUCGUGGACGUGGUCAACCCCCCCAGUAAAGUUGGAGAUUCUUUUAUGCUGAAUAAAUCUACACCAGAAAGUUUA